AUGCCAGGUGAAGAAGAACUGGCGAUCGAACGGGCGGCGGUGGAGGCCGCGGCGGAAGCUGCGGCAGCAGCAGAGCAGAUGCUCAAGAGAUUCGAGCAGCUCCAAGACAUGCGACACCUCGCAACAAAGCGGCGCCGCACACUCAUGCAGGCCGCAAUGGCGGAAGCCGCAGACGCAGAGGCGGCGGAAGCUGUCGAGGGCCGGAAGGCCGAUGUAUUGCUUGCUUGUCCCGCCAGGAGGAGACUGCGGAUGCGGAAAUGGCCGAGGCGGACGCGGAGGCUGCUGCGGCGGAAGCUGCUCAUGCUGAGCGGCGGGAUGCUCGCCUGGCCGAGCUCCGUGUGGAGCAGGAG